GAUUGCGCGGUGAUUGCGCGUUCUGAAUCUUUACUGCUAUUUAGAAGUGCGAAAAUACGACUUAUUAUGUCCGGUUUCACAGAAAACGCCUUAAUUCGUAAGCUGCAAGACUUAAACCCUAGCCAACAGAGUAUUCAAACAUUAUCUUUGUGGCUUAUACAUCACAGAAAACACCACGCCGCUAUCGUCAAAACAUGGUUCAAAGAGCUAUUAAAAGCAAAAGACAGUAAACAACUCACAUUUAUGUAUCUUGCAAAUGAUGUGAUACAGAAUAGCAAAAAGAAAGGACCCGAGUAUGGAAAGGAGUUUGGUAAUGUACUUGUGGAUGCAUUAAAACAUAUGGCAAAAACUGGUAUCAAUGCAAAGACUAAGCAAUCACUACAUCGCAUACUAAAUAUAUGGGGGGAGCGGGCUGUUUAUGAGCCUCAGAAGAUACAAGAGUUUAAAGUGGCUGUUGAUCCCAAUGAUGCAGAACCAAGUAAUGUUGCUAAAAGAAAAGCUAUAAACACUGAGGUGAAAGAACCUGAGAAGAAGCCUAAGUUUGAAGAAAAUAGUAGAGAAAAAGAGAGAAUUAAAGAGAAACGAGAAAGAAGAAGGAGUGAGAGUAAGUCAGAUGGUCACAAUGACUCUAUCUCUAAUGUGAGCCCUAACACUCCACCUGGAGACCCUCCAGAACCUGAAGAGCUAGUAAAGGCGCUGCUAGAGUUGGAAUCAAGUGCUUCAAGCGACGAAGCAGUGAGGGAGCGUAUCGCCUCGUUGCCGCCAGAAGUUUCCGAAGUGCAAUUAUUAUCUAAGUUAGAAGAUAAGGAAUCGGCACUAAGCCUGAGCGUCAUAGUCAAUUCGGCGGUGGAACUCCUAGCUGAGUACAACUUAAGGUUGUCCGAGGAGUUGGAGAAGAGACGGAAGGUCGCCGCCAUGUUGAGGGACUUCGAACAGGCGCAACGGGAACUCGCCAAGAAAGCUGAGGCGAAGCUUGAGGAAUACAAUAUUAAGCUGCAGAAAAUCUUCGAAGUGAAGUCCGAGGUAAAGUCCCACAUAGAGAACUUGCCGGAUGUGUCGCGGCUUCCCGACGUGACCGGUGGGCUGGCCCCGCUGCCCUCCGCCGGGGAUCUGUUCAGCGUAUGAGAGUUAAUUAACGACUAUCAUGUCGAUCCAGGCUUCGUGCGGACUUUGCGAGGUUACCGAUGAUGCCUCGCAACACAUGCCUCGCAACGCAUGCCUCGCAGCGCUUGUAUCAAAACGCAUAGCUCGCCAAAAACAUUAUGUUCACGUGAGAUCCGUUACUACGCCUGCCUCACAGUGCAUGCCUCGCAGCGUAUGCCUCGCAGCGCAUGCCUCGCGAGACAUGGCUGGAAUAUAUACACUUUGAGGCAUCCGUUGCUACACAUGCCUCGUAACGUUCGUACAAAGCAAUGAAUAAAUUGGACUACGUAAACUUUAAUUGUUCAGAAAUUCUUGACUAUUUAAAUAAUUAGAGUAGUAUCUCUAUGAAAAAAAAAUAUACAUUUGCCUUUACAAUAGUAAAAAAGCUUAACGUGAGUUAUUGCGGUAAAAAAUGUUUAUUACUUCUGGUCCUUGAAAUGGAUAAAAGAAGUGUUGGAGCAAAUAUAAGAUGUUAAUUUCAUAUAGAGUGGCGUGCGUAUAGCACCCUUAUAUUAUUAUGUGUGCCUUCAUAUAAACUGCCUUCUGAAGCAAUACGACAAUUGAUUAAAUAAAUCUAAUAAAAAUAUAUUUCAAGAAAAAUUCACUAGAAAGUUGGAAAUUUCUAAAUAGUUAGAGUUCAUGGAUGACGUUAUGCAAUAAGUGAAUAGUAUUUUAUUUUAGUUAUUAAUAUGUGUGACUGUUAUAAAGAUACUAAUUGAACCAAAAAU